CGGGUUUUACUAUGCAUUAUUGCUUCCUUUCUUUUAAAUAAUUCCCUUCUUAUUUCUUUUCAUUUCUUUUUAAUUUAACCUAUACCCCACUAUGUAUAAUUAUCAACCAAAAGAUGUUAUAAUUGAAGGAAAAUGGCUGGUUUUAUCAAAGAUAGGACAAGGUUCAUUUGGCGAAGUCUUUAAAGUUCAAGAUAUCCAUACCAACCGUUUUUAUGCUAUUAAAAGAGAGUCAUCAGAGACACAUUAUCCUCAAUUAUAUCAUGAAAGUACCAUAUAUAAUAUAUUAAAAAAUGGACCUUGUAUACCAAAGUAUCAUUGGUAUGGUCAAUAUGAUGGCUAUGAAUGCAUCGUGCUUGAAUUACUUGGUUCAAGUUUAAAAAAAUUUCAACAAAUAGUAAAAGAUAUACCACUUGAUAUAGUUAUUGAAUUAGGCUGUCAAUUAAUAUCUUGCUUAGAGUAUAUUCAUAGUAAAGGUCUAGUUUAUAGAGACAUUAAGCCUGAGAACUUUUUAUUUUCUAAAUCAUGUGUUCUUGAGACUCAUGCUACUAAUUCUCUUGACUUUGGUUUAACUACUUGGUGGCAAAAUCCAAAGACUAAAAAACCAUUCCCUGAUUCCAAAAAGCCAAUAAAGUUUAAAACAGGUACAGCACGUUAUGCUUCCCUGAAUGUCCAUCAUGGCCACACACAUACUAGACGAGACGACAUGGAGAGUCUUGGCUAUGUUUUAUUAGACCUCUUAUUAGGAGGUAAUUUACCUUGGUCUGGUGUAACUGCUCGUACAUCUAAAGCAGGUUGGGAUCGUUUAAUGUCAAUAAAGGAAGACAUUUCAUUGGAAGAUUUAUGUCACGGAUUACCCCAUGGUAUAAUGAACUUUAUAGAUUAUACAAGACGUCUUCAAUUCAGUGAACAACCAGAUUAUAUACAUUUGCAAGAAUUAUUACGUGCAUGUACUCAACCUGGACCUUUUUCUAAAUCAGUU